AUCAACAGCGGAGGAAGACGAACGACGCGCAAAACUGUUUCAAACGAUGAACGCGCGGGCAUGUUGAGGAUGCGUUAAAAAACGUGAUAUACCGUAAACUAUUCGGUAACGUGAGCUUGUGAGACGACAGAGAUAAGGGAAUAGAUCAGUAACGUAUCGGAAUUUCAUUCCAUUAUGGCAACGUUGGUCGUGGCAGAUUACAUGGUGAUUGGUGUAUUGAUGAUCAUCAGUUCCGGCAUUGGUAUAUACUACUGGCUCACCGGUGAUCGACAAAAGUCGACCGAGGAGUACUUCGUGGCGAACAAAUCGAUGCGAGUGAUGCCGGUAGCGAUAGGUUUGAUGGUCUCGUAUUUAUCAGCGGUCAGUCUACUCGGAGUAAGCUCGGAGAAUUACGUUUACGGCACGCAAUACGCCGUGAUCAAUGUCUCCUAUGGCCUCGCCACGCCGUUCGCAGCCUAUUUCUACCUGCCGGUGUUUUAUAAGCUCAACGCCACGAGCGCCUUCGAGUAUCUGGAGAAACGCUUCGGCACCGCCGCCAGAUUAACAGCCAGCUUCGCCUUUCUGCUGCAACUGCUUCUCUACACCGGCGUGGUGCUGUACGCGCCCGCGUUAGCCCUGGAAGCCACUACGGGCAUCUCGUCGAGCGCGAGCGUGAUCGGCAUAGGGAUCGUGUGCACCUUCUACUCAGCGAUCGGCGGCAUUAAAGCGGUCCUCGUCACCGACGUAUUGCAAAGUCUGCUGAUGUUGGUCGCCGUUGUCGCAGUGAUUGCCACCGCGGCGGUCAACACCGGCGGCCUCGAUCGGAUCUGGCAGAUCGCUCGCGAGGGAUCCCGACUAGAAUUCGACAACAUCUCUCCGGAUCCAACUGUACGGCACACCUGGUGGAGUCUGACAUUCGGUGGUUUCUUCACUUACCUCUCCUUAUAUGGCGUUAAUCAAGUUCAGAUUCAGAGAAUGCUGACCGUCAGAAAUCUGAAAGCCGGCCAACGCGCGCUAUGGUGGAGCUGGCCGAUGGCGUCGAUCAUGUCGCUCACCCUGUGCUUCUCCGGCUUGGCGAUAUACUCGAAAUAUCGUAGCUGCGAUCCGCUCGAGGCGGGCAGGAUCAGCUCGAACGAUCAAUUGAUGCCGUUGUACGUGAUGGACACGCUGUCGGGCUAUCCCGGUGUGCCCGGGCUCUUCGUAGCCGGAAUCUUCAGUGCCGGACUCAGCACCAUCUCGGCCACGGUUAAUUCCCUCGCCGCUGUUAUCCUCGAAGAUUAUAUCAAGCCUCUCUGGCGUGUAAGGGGAAAGGAGUUAUCCGCGAGAAUGUCCAUAAUAUUGAGCAAGGUUCUGGCUCUUGCGGUCGGGCUCACGUGUCUGAUGGUUGCUUUCCUGGCACGAUUUCUCGGCGGGCUUUUGCAGGCGGCCCUGACGAUAUUCGGUGUCGUCGGUGGACCGAUGUUGGGAUUAUACACGCUCGGCAUGUUCGUCCCGUCGAGCAACCAGAAGGGCGCGAUCGCGGGCUUCGUUCUCAGCCUCGCGUUUUCCUCGUGGAUCGGAUUCGGCCAGCCAAAACCGCCGAUCCCGCGGCUGGGCGUUUCGACCGACGGCUGCAACGACACCGUUAUUACGUAUCACGGAAACGACGCCGAAUCGUCGAUUCAUGCGAGCCCGCCCUACGACAGCCGGAUACAGGGAAACUACUUCUACCUUUAUCGUAUCUCCUACAUGUGGUACUGCCCACUGGGAUUCCUCGUCGCCGUGGUCGCCGGAUGGGCGGCCAGUUGGCUCGCAAGAUGGAUUUUUAAGGAAGAUCCGGCCGAGAUCGAUCCUGUUUUACUGAGUACGAUCGUCGGCGGGACGAGUGCAGAAAAGACGAACCGAUGAAUUUUGUAGCACGACCGCACUCGAUGAAGCUCGUGUCAUCGCAAGAAUGCGCGUUGAGCGUUUACUCACGCACU